GCUUGGAGAGUGCCUACAUGGUUUGUGUGACAGCACCAGCACACAGAAGCAGCACUGAAAUGCAGUUAGCAAUACAGCUGGGAGACAGGCAGCCAGGCAGGCACUGGUCCAGUGACUAAAAUGAUCGUACCGUGAGCCAGUCUGCAGUGCCUCCAAAAGUGGCUGACUGCUACACUGGAGCUCGGCUCCCUUUGCAAUUACUCCAGUUUCUCCCGGUGACUGCAGUGUGCGCUCCGUUUUGGUUUUGUUUGCCUUUUUGUUUCUCCCUCCCACCCACCGGUCUCCCUCUCUCUCCUCCCGUGUCCUUCUCUCCAGGAUGGCGGAAGCAGAGUUGCACAAGGAAAGGCUCCAAGCCAUAGCAGAGAAAAGGAAAAGGCAGACAGAAAUAGAAGGCAAGAGACAACAGCUUGAGGACCAGAUACUUCAGCUGCAGCAUUUCAAGUCAAAAGCUCUUCGGGAAAAAUGGCUGCUACAGGGAAUUCCUGCUGGCUCUGCAGAAGAGGAAGAAGCCAGAAGGAAGCAGUCAGAAGAGGAUGAGCUGAAGGUGAAAAAGCUGGAAGAAAACAUACACAGACUGGAACAAGAAAUACAGAAAUUAGAAAGUGAAGAAUCACAAAUAUCUGCCAAAGAACAAAUAAUUCUGGAGAAACUAAAGGAGACUGAGAAAUCCUUUGACAACCUGCAAAAGAGUUUCUCCCACCAGGAUGGUGAUGCAGUAAAUUACAUUUACUCCCAGAUCCCUGAACUCCCAACCCUCUAUUCACGAACAGCACAGCCAGUUCCUGGGUGGGACGGAUCAAGCAGAGUAGCUGCUUUGUGCACCAUGGAAAUUAAUGUGGAGAAAGACAAACAGACAGGAGAGACCAAGAUUGUCUCUGCUUCACCUGUUGGCCUAGAUGAGGCCCAUCAAAGAGGAUUCAAAGUCUAUGAUGAUGGUUCCAAGGUAGUCUAUGAGGUUCACUCUGGUGGCACAGUGGUAGAAAAUGGAGUACAUAAAUUAAGCUCAAAGGACGUAGAUGAACUUAAGCAAAAAGCUGGACAAUCAAGUGUAAAAGGAGGGUAUGAAACAAUGACUGUGUCAGACAAAAAUGUGGUAGCCGAUGGAAACCUUAGCCAUAUGAAGGAGCAAAUGCUCUUCAAGGAGGCAAAGCUGGAAAUGGUACACAAAUCCAGCAGAGGAUGUGCUGUGAACCCUCAGCCACAAGACAAACCCUGUGGUGGUGAAACCCCAGAGGCCAGUGCAGAUCAGCCGGUGACAAUGAUAUUUAUGGGCUACCAGAACAUCGAUGAUGAAGAGGAGACAAAAAAAGUGUUGGGCUACGAUGAGACCAUCAAGGCAGAGCUUGUGCUAAUUGACGAAGAUGACGAGAAGUCACUGCGGGAGAAGACAGUGACUGAUGUUUCCACCAUGGAUGGGAACGCUGCUGAACUAGUCUCUGGCAGGCCCCUGUCAGACACGACAGAGCCCUCCUCUCCUGAGGGUAAGGAAGAGAGCCUGCCCUUGGAAGCUGCCCCAGGUGCGGGAGGAUUGGCUAUGCUGCUGAGGGACCCAUCGGGACCAUGCUCCUGUGAAAGUUCUGAAGCCAAGGAGGGUGCAGGGAAAUCUUCCAGAAUCCCUGAGGAUGACAUCAGGUUAAGAAAAAACAGAGACCAAAACUGUGCCAAUUUCUUGGAGCCAGCUACUGUGCUUGCUACAAAGGAAGAAAAAAUGGAAAUUGAAGUUCCAGUUUCUGAACAUAAAAGCAUCACCACAGUGGCUUCACCACAUCCAAUAGACAAUCCAACCCACUUCUUUUCCCCUGCUUCCAGCCGAAAUGGGCUUAGGGACAGGCAUGAAUCUCUGGACAGUGAAGUUGCUAAAGAGAUCAGAUACCUAGAUGAAGUGCUGGAGGCAAAUUGUUGCGAUUCUGCUGCAGACAGUACAUUUAAUGGGACAUCCUCCCCUGAACCAAGUGCAGUCUCCGUUAUGGAUGGUUCAGAAGCAUCUGCUAAUGUCAGUAAAGAGUCAGUAUCCAGUGAAAGGGAAGAAAAUGUAGCAGACAAGCAGGCAUCCCUGGAGGUUGAGACAUGUGAAGCUAGUAUAACAGAUGAGAACCUGGAAUCUAAUGGCCAUUUCUUGGGUGGACUGAAAGAAGACACUAGGGAGAGUCUGAAGGUGCCAGGAAGUCCUACUUCUUCAAACAGUUCUAGAAGAUCCUCUAAGGAUGGAGAAACAACUCUUACAACCCUUAAGAAAGAGGCAAAGUUUGAACUGCGAGCCUUCCAUGAAGACAAAAAGCCCUCAAAGCUCUUUGAAGAUGAGGAAGAGAAGGAAAAAUACAGAGUCCGCAAAGUGAGACCAUCGGAAGAAAUGAUGGAACUUGAAAAAGAAAGAAGGGAGCUCAUAAAAAGCCAGGCGGUCAAGAAAAACCCCAGUAUUGCUGCCAAAUGGUGGAACCCUCCUCAGGAGAAGCCCCUGGAGGAUCAACUGGAUGAGGAGCAUCUGGAGUCUCACAAGAAGUACAAGGAGCGCAAGGAGAGGCAGCAGCAGCAGCAAGGUGCAGCACCAACAUCCCCCAAACAGGUCAGCUGCUCAUUUGUAUCCCCAGAGCCAGUCAAUAUCAAGAAAGAAGAUAUUGUCACAGAGCAGAUUGACUUCUCGGCUGCCAGGAAGCAGUUCCAGCUGAUGGAGCAUUCAGGUCUAUCUCAGGGUCAGGCCCCACCAAGGCGUUCAGGAACACCCAAAAUGUUCUCCAUCAAACCCUUCUACAAAAGCCUCAAUUCUCCAUAUAUGGACAGGCCGAUGUCCUCUGUGACAAGACCCGUUUCAGUGUGUGGACAAACUGGACAGCUGGAGGGUACCAAUGCCACAGCUGUCAAAGCACAGAAAGUCUCCUCUAGCUCCGAAGAUGACAAAGGCACUCACACUACCACGGCUGACACAGCAAGAGAGUUACCUUGCAGUGAUAGCCCCAGAGCUGGACCAGCCUCAAAACUGUGGGCAGAGGAUGGAGAAUUCAUGAGUGCAAAGGCGGUCUUCACAAUGGUGAAGGAUGAUGGACAGGGAAUUCUAGAUCACUUCCCAAAGUCAGGCAGCACCUCUUCACCUCCAGAGGAGCUUGACUCUGGUUUGGAUGACCUGUCUGUCAGGUCUCAGGAUACCACUGUCUUGGAGACCCUUUCCAAUGACUUCAGCAUGGAUAACAUAAGUGACAGCGGUGCCUCCAAUGAGACCAUGAGCGCCCUGCAGGAAAGUUCUCUAGCGGAUUUCUCUCUGCCGCAGACCCCACAGGCCGAAACUCCAGCAGAGUGCAGGGCUGAAGGCAUCUCCAAGUCUUUCAGUGACCCUGGCUGUGAUUCACCCGCAUCUGCCUUGGCAGACUCCAUGCUGAUGGAUGACCAGCUGGAGUACCACGCUGGUCUGCUGGUUCAAAACGCCAUCCAACAAGCCAUAGCUGAGCAGGUGGAUAAAGGAAACCCAAAGGAUGAUGAAAUCCCAGCAGAGAAAGAGGUCUCAGCCAAAGAGCAGCCAGCCAGCACCAGGCCAGCUCCAGUCUCCAAGGAGCAUCAGAACCCAAUGUUUGAGCCACCCCAGGUGUCUUCACCAGUUCAAGAAAAAAGGGACACCAUACCAAAGACUUCAAAAGAGGAAGACUCAGGACUCAGGGAAGGGAAGAGUUUGCAGCAGUCACCCAUGUAUUCAGCCAGCCAGCCAUUCCUUGUGGAGGAAAACAGGCAUGAGGUCAGCUAUUUCAGCAAGUACUCAGAGGCAGCAGAGCUUCGGAGCACCGCCUCUAUCCUGGCCACACAGGAGCCUGAAGUGACCGUGGGCCCUUUCAAGUUACGGUCAAGGAAACAGCGGACUUUGUCAAUGAUAGAAGAGGAGAUCAGAGCUGCCCAGGAACGAGAAGAGGAGCUGAAGAGGCAGCGGCAGGGUCUGCAAAUGGCACCAAGCCCUGUUACAAAGAGCGCACCACCCAUGCCCACCAGAACCGUGUCUUACAAAACUGCACCAGGGAAGAUAGAGAAGAUCAAGCCUCCUCCAUCCCCCACCGCAGAAGGCCCUGCCUCACAGUUGGACCCUCCACCUGAGGAGUCUGCAGGAGCCCAGCGACCCAAGAACCUGAUGCAGACCCUCAUGGAGGAUUAUGAAACACACAAAACCAAGAGACGAGAAAGGAUGGACGACAGUGCGGUCCUCGAGGCAACCAGGGUGAACCGCAGGAAGAGCGCUCUGGCGUUGCGCUGGGAAGCUGGCAUUUAUGCCAACCGAGAGGAGGACGAAUAACCACGCUGCAGUGUGAAGACAGCAACCAGGCAUGCCGGAACCAAAAAAAAAAAAAGAGAAAGGAAGAAAGAGGAAGAAAGAAAAAAAAAAAAAAGCAAACACAAAAACCCACCAUGAAAGCAGCAGCAUUUUAGUCCAAUAUUUAUUAAAUACACGACAAACUCGAUGCACAUAGACACAGAAAUGAUCCAGCUCCUGGCAAUCCUAAAACUACAGGAAAAAACACACCUAGAAAACAGCCCCUUCUUCUUCCCUCCAUCUCCCCUCUGAAAUAAUGCAAUGGAGAGGGUGCAGGGGGUGGGAGCCCUUGGGGGUGGGCACAAGAGGGUUACUGUGCCCACGGACCAGACAGGCUGCAGGCAUGUGGCAGGAGGUCAUUCAUGGAGGAGUCUGCAGCCAGGGCUCACACUUGUAUUUCUCGCUGACUGAAUUGCCAGCCCUGCCUGCCCCCAGGACCACGGUCCACCCAGCAGCUCCUGUCAGAACCUCCUGCAGUUCCUUCGCCUCCCACAGCCACUGCACAAAGACUGUCGGCGCUAAUUCGGCAUACUCUUAUCCAGCCACAGAACACAAAGAUACUGCCCUCUGUUCUAUUUCUUUGAGGAGACUGAAGGGUUGCGUUUGGGAUUGGGUUGGUUGGUUUUUUUUGGGGGGUGGGGGGGGGUGGGUUCUGCUCCCCUUUCUACUAAUUUAUUUGUUUAAAACAAGAAAAACCCAACAAACAGGGAGGCAGUUACUGCAAAUGUACAAUCCAGCAAACUCAGUCAAACAGUCCUUGUGUUGCAAACACAAGCCAUCACAAUUUAGGAGUGGAAUAGAUGGGGAUGAGAGCUAAGCCAAAUGGAUUACCUUAGCUUUAGGAUCCUAUAUGCUUGCAAUAUCACCUGAACUCCAGGUUCUCAGAGCAUAUUUACGCAACAAAGUUUCUAAGUAGAAAAUCUGUAUUUAGCGGAUGACAACUAUUUUUUGAUGGUGGGGUGGGAAAGAAUGGCAUAUAUGUAAAAUCUUUGGAGAUGGAUAAUUUGAAGUAGAAAAGUAGUGGGAAGGGAUACAAAUAAAGGACAUUUAAUUUUUAAAUGAGGCAAUAAAUGAACUAAGCCAGACUCUGGCCUAGAAAGAGGUAUGAAAUAAAGAAGAAAGAUAGUUAUGUCUUCAACUAUAUUUAUACAACUUUGAAAGCCUUUGAAGUAGAGUGCUUUGUGGAAGUCUUCACGUUUCCAGGCAACAAAAAAGCUAAAGGGCAUAAUGAAUUGGAAGGAAUGAGCAAGGAAGAGCAGGCAAGGGAAGAAAAUAUUAAUUUAGCCAUUCAGCCAGUGUUUUCAGCGCUACAAGCAAACCAUAGAGCCUUUAGUUAUUGCUUAGGCUUGGGAUCAGCAGUGAAGGAUUAGUGUGGAUGUGUGUGGGUGGGUGUGGGUGGGUGUGUGUGGGGGUGUGUGCGUGAGUGCAUGAGGCUGGCAUACCAGGAAGUGUAUGCAGUGUGUGUACUGAUUAUUUUCUCCACAGCUGUUUACCAGCUAUAGGGGUGAGUGCUAUUUUUUUUUUUUUUUUCCGAAAGGGGAUAUAAAAAUAAGGCACUGAGUUAAUGCAGUAUUUGUGAUAUGAAAAUUUGACCCCACAUGGUAUUUGCAUGAGUCACAAUUGCAAAGUAUUGACCAGUUUUGUAAGCUGACAAUUAGGAAAAGAAAUGUGGUAUUUAUUCUUGUGCUUUGUAUUUGUAUGUAGUAUAGAGGCUGUGGGUUUACUCUUUCUUAUCACCAAGCAAUACAGUAGGAAUAUUUUACAACUGGGAGCCAUAAUUUCUGGACUAGAAACCAAAACAUUUGGGAGGUGAUGGGGAAAAAGACACCAAAUAUUUUUUUCUCUAAAAAAUAGUCUUUGUUUUUUAUAAUCAGUUAUUAUUUUGACAUCUUUUAAAAAAAUCAUCAGCCAGGAUACUGUGUCCUCCCUAAGCCUUUCCUUGGUUUCACGACCUGCUGUGCUGUUUUAUCCUGAAACAGUGAGCUCAUUUAAAAUGAGUACCGAUACUGUGAACAUACUUCUGGUGCUUUUCUUAAACAAACACAGAGCUUGCAACCAAAUUAUUCACCACCACACCCUUCAGUUCCUCCGGCAUGUGAUUUCUGUCCAUGGACACUUACAAUUUUGAGGCUUAUUUUCAGGGAAAAUUAGUAAGUACAUUUAUACCUACCCAUUGGCUCAGCUCUUUCCAUUUUCUCUGUAAGUGCUACUGAAGAAAACAUGCUAAACCGAGAGUUCACUGUGAUGAGGGCAGUGAGCUUAUCUCAAGGAGAGGCGCCAUGGGGAGGCUCCAUGCCUGUGAAGGAAUUACAUACCUAAUGAAGGGGACUUGUUUUUCAGGCAGGGUAAUCAGGGGUGAUUCAUGUCUCGAGGUGGGUUGUUACCAUAUAACUGUAGGAAAAGCACCAACACCAGUGCAGCACUAGUGAGACCGUAUGUCGCGUAGCUGCAGAUGUGAGCUCCACGCACCCAUGUCAAGAAGAUUCCUUGCCUUUGGGGAGAGCUUGAGACAAGGAAAAAGAGGUUUUCUGAGAAUGGGAGAUGGCCUCUGUGGUGUGGUGGUCUUGCAAUAAAUGGCACUCAUCAGAGUUUUCCCCCAGUAUUUGUUCCUGAAAGCUGGGUCAACCCUGGACUGCCUUCCCAGGAGCUUACAUCUUUAUUUUCUUUAGUCUGUAGGCCUGUUUCUCCCUCCAGCUUUCUCACUGGAAGCCAGUGACAAUAAUCACCCAUCAUAAGGCAUCUUUUCACGCAUUGUUCUGUGUGAUAGGAGCAUUUGCUUUCAGCCCCUGCAACAAAAGUAUUUCAGUCCAAGAUAGACAGACUUUUCACCCAGCACAGUUUUUCUCUUCCAGAAAUUAUGGACAUUUACAGUCAGCAGCACAUUCAAUGCUGUGGUAACAAGAGUGAGAUGCAGUUUCCUUGCCUCUGUUAUUUCAUUUGCAUGCUACCAAGCUUAGGUGUUUAUAAGUAUAUGGCAGUAAUACAUAUCUAUCUAUAUAUGACUAUAUCAAAUGCAACAAAAGAGCACUAUUGCAGAGUUAACUUUGUCUCCACAAAAGAAACGCUCAGAUCCUUUCCCGUGGCAAAGACUGGUUUUAAUGAAACUGUGUAUUGAGAAAUAGUUGUUAAGCAUUAGCAUUUGUGAUUUUAAAUUGGUUUGGGAUUACAGUGCAGGUUUUCUGAACAGUUUGUUUUUAAAGCUGCCGAUUUGGGCUUCAUCUUGCUCUGUACUGACAUUUCUGAGGGAAAACAGAGUAGUAUUGACAUGUUUGGCAACCAAAAGGCAGCAUCUUUGUCAUGACUUGUCAACCAGUUUCAACAAUACCUGGCUUUCUGUAUGUUAACCACUUAAAUGUUAUCCUGCUUCUGUUUUAUAGUGACUGUGAGGCCUACAAUGCAAGUAUAUAAUUAUUUUCUCAUUAAAAUAGAAACCUGUGUUGUGUUUCUAUAAAA